AUGCUUUCGUUUUUGGGCUGGGGAUCGAAACCCCCAUCUCCAAGCCAAACGCCAUCUGAUGAUGCCCCGAAGAACGAUGACCAACAACACCCACCAACAGACACAGACAUUCCUCCCACACCUGCUACUACUACCUCUCCAACACCAAUAAUAAACAGAAACCUCAAACUCCUCUACGGCGGCCUAACCUUCUUCGCUCUCUCCCUCCUGGUAACCCGCCGCGCCACCAGGAGCCGUAUCCUCGCUUCCAUCCCGCCUUACUACACCUCCUCGGUGUACCAUAAACCAUUUGAGAAUGUGUCAAGUGCAACGGAUGCAGUGGAAGCACUCAGUCUGGCUACUCUCAAUGUCCUGUCUUUCUCAAUGGCUCUCUCGGGGGGUGUUCUGUAUGCACUGGAUAUCAAUAAUGUGGAAGAUCUGAGGAGGAUUUCUAUGCAGACUUUUGCGGGUGGUAUUAGUACGCCUGGGAAGGGCCAGUCGGAUGAGGAGUUAGAGGAGAUUGAGGCUUGGGUUGUUACAAUACUUGGGAAGAAGGCUGAACGGGAGUUUCAGAAAGAGAAAGAACGGUUACAGACCGUGAGCAAGGAAGGUGAUGGUCAAAAUAACGGGGCCAGGACUUGA